AUUUCUUUCCACAAAACCCAAGAGACCACUCCUGUCGGCAAAAUGGCUGCUAAAGCCCCUGUCAAUGAUCUCAACACACUCAGUGUCAAAGAAUCUGGAAAUGCCCACGACUCCGCCGGUGCUAACGGAACCGCAAACGGCGAUGCUGCUGCAGAACACUCUGGCGAAGAAUCCGAUGACGAUGCUGACGAACAUGUCACUGAAGCCACUGCUGCCGCUGGUCAAGGUGGCGCUAAAGAAAAGAAGAACAAGAAAAAGAAGCCUAAGAAGAAGAAGAAGAAGAAGAAGAAGGCUCUGACUGUCCAGACUGAACCUCCUUCAGUCCUCAUAUCCCAAUUGUUUCCAAACAACAACUACCCCAAGGGCGAAGAAGUCGAAUACAUGGAUGAGAAUCGAUAUCGCACUACCGACGAAGAGAAGCGCCAUCUGGACAACAUCAACAGCGACUUCCUCUCUGAUUACCGCCAAGCGGCUGAGACGCAUCGUCAGGUCCGCCAGUGGGCACAGAAACACAUCAAGCCAGGUCAGACGCUCACCGAGAUUGCUAAUGGCAUUGAGGAUAGUGUACGACGUCUAGUCGGACACGAUGGGUUAUCCGAAGGCGAUCCUAUUAUUGCUGGCAUGGGUUUCCCGACUGGCUUGAAUCUCGACGAGAUUGCCGCCCACUUCAGCCCAAAUGCAGGCAACAAGACCGUACUUCAGCAGACCAAUGUGAUGAAGGUUGACAUCGGCGUCCAUGUGAAUGGUCGUAUCGUCGACAGCGCCUUCACCAUGGCAUUCGAUCCCAUGUAUGACAACCUCCUUGCAGCUGUCAAGGACGCGACGAAUACCGGUGUCCGCGAAGCUGGAAUUGAUGUUCGCCUUGGCGAGCUGGGUGGGCUUAUUCAGGAGGCUAUGGAGAGCUAUGAAUGUGAGAUCAACGGGACUACCUACCCAAUCAAGCCGAUUCGCAACAUAUGCGGCCAUACCAUCUUACCCUACAGCAUCCACGGCACUAAGAGUGUUCCCUCUGUAAAGACGAACGACGCCACUAAGAUGGAAGAAGGCGAUGUCUUUGCUAUUGAGACCUUUGGCAGUACUGGCACCGGCCGGGUUUAUGAUCAGGGUGAAGUCUCGCAUUACGCCCUACGCAGUGAUGCACCAAUGGUGGACUUGCGUCUGUCUUCGGCCAAAUCGCUGUUGAACACUAUCAAGAAGAAUUUCAGCACUCUUCCAUUCUGUCGACGCUAUUUGGACAGGCUCGGACAGGAGAAAUACCUGCUCGGUCUAAACAAUCUCGUCAAAUCGGGCAUCGUUGAAGAUUACCCGCCUCUAGUUGACAAGAAAGGAGCAUACACAGCCCAAUUUGAGCACACAAUCUUGCUCAGACCUACCGUGAAGGAGGUCAUUAGUCGUGGAGAGGACUACUGAGAAAGUUGGCCGUUCUAGGAAAGGAUGCUCCAACUGGGACGUUCUGGGAUAAUCUGCGCCUCAUUGACCAGAAGUUCGAG